GCUCACUUCACCGCCGAGUGCCGGUUUAAGGAGUGCGUCUUCGAGAAUUACUACGUCAUGUACUCCUCCACCCUGUACCGCCAGCGCGAAUCCGGCCGCUCCUGGUACCUGGGCAUCAACAAAGAAGGCCAGCCCAUGAAGGGAAACCGAGUCAAGAAGACCAAAGCCGCCGCCCACUUCCUGCCCAAGCUAUUGGAAGUGGCCAUGUACCGCGAGCCGUCGCUCCAUAACGUGGUGGACCCCUCGGCGCCCCAGAAAUCAGAUGAGGCCGGGGCCCCCAGCAAAGAGACAGCCAAGCCCCGCAAGGCGACGUAA